GGGGGAUUUGGGGGAUUUGGAGGAUGUGAGCGAUGUGGUGAUGUCAGAUGUCAUUAGCAUAUUUCUGACUAUAUCUGAUGCUUGCGCAAAGACGCGCCACUACUGCUGCACCGCACUGACCAGAGACCAUCCAGCCAUCAGACAACACAUCGACUUAACUGCAACAAUGAGCGACAAGCCCGACGUUUCAGAGGUGAACAGAUUCGACAAAACCAAGCUGAAGAAGACAGAGACGCAGGAGAAGAAUCCCCUGCCUACAAAAGAGACCAUCGAACAGGAGAAGGCAGCAUCGUGAAGCCCCUCUCUCCCGACAUGCACUGUACACCCCCACCUCGUCCUCCUGCAUUGCCUUGUUUUCAGUCACUUCUUUAUAGCUGUAUAACUUUGUAACCGAAAUUAUGAAACGACGACAGUAACCAAGCUGCACAGCCCGUGGACGGAUGAUGCCUUCGUCGGGGCAGUCGGGCCCUGUCCCCCCGCCCCCCCGCAAAUGUCACCUUUCAUGUUCGUCUUUCUGUCGGGAGAUGAUUUUGUCUGCUGCAGAGAGGGAGGGGCGGGGAUAAACACCAGAAGACGGUUCCAAAACAAAUUGUCUCUAUACCAUCGCCUUGACUGCCAACUUUGACGUGCAACGUGUGGGAUGGGGCGUGGCCUGCGUCCCAGGAAGCUCAUCAACGUCUCACACCCCCUUCACCCCC